UGGUAAUUUCAUAAUAUAAUAAACUAUAUCAUGGGUAAUUUCACAUUAUAAUUUAUAAUUAUUGUUCAUUGAGAAGUUUCUAAUUUUUAUGCACGUUAUAUAAUUAAAAAUUAUUCUUACAUAACAAUUUUUACGCUAUAAUUGUUUCAAAUUUGUGUUUAAUUUUCAUCAGAAUUUGAGAGCUCAAUUUCUUUCAGGUUAAGGAUCAAAAGCUUCAAAAUGAUCGAAAUCACUUGUAAUGAUAGAUUGGGAAAAAAAGUCAGAGUUAAAUGUAAUCCGGAAGAUACAAUUGGUGAUUUAAAAAAAUUAAUUGCAGCUCAAACAGGAACAAAAUGGGAAAAGAUAAUUUUGAAGAAAUGGUACACAAUUUUCAAAGAUCAUAUUAGAUUGGGCGAUUAUGAAAUUCAUGAUGGCAUGAACAUAGAACUUUACUAUCAAUAAAUACCUAUAAUAUAAACUGACUGUAUAUUUUUUUUUCUUAAGGCAUAACAUAAUUUAAUUAAUAAAGAUUACUUUUUAAAUAA